UGAACGUGAAGAAACGCCUCUUCAAGUGUCUGCAGAAAUGAUGGAUUAUAUAAAGAGGGAGAGAUUAAUCUGUCUUUCUCAAGCUUUAAUCCAAACUGUCUGCCUCAGACACAAAGCCACAAUCUUCAAAGGGAUUACCUGAGCACUAGACUACAAAUCUGUGAUCAUGGUGGGACUGAAGCCAUCUGAUGUUCCUCCUCCUUUGGGAGUGAAGGUACUGAGUGCAGGUACUGCAGCCUGCAUCGCCGACCUCGUCACCUUCCCUCUGGACACGGCUAAAGUCAGGCUACAGAUCCAGGGUGAGAAGUUAGCAGUAGAAGCUACCAAGAACAUCCGAUAUCGUGGUGUGUUUGGGACGAUAAGCACUAUGGUGCGGACAGAGGGGCCUCGCUCGCUCUAUAACGGCCUGGUGGCCGGCCUGCACAGACAGAUGGCCUUUGCAUCCAUACGAAUUGGCCUCUACGACAACGUCAAGAGCUUCUACACAGGAGGCAAAGAUAACCCUAACGUAGGUAUCAGGAUUCUGGCCGGCUGUACCACAGGAGCGAUGGCUGUUUCUAUAGCUCAGCCCACAGAUGUGGUGAAAGUGCGCUUCCAGGCCCAGAUGAACCUGCAGGGAGUCGCUCGUCGCUACAACGGGACCAUGCAGGCAUAUAGACAGAUCUUCCACCUGGAGGGCCUGCGUGGACUCUGGAAAGGAACACUACCCAACAUCACAAGGAAUGCCUUAGUCAACUGCACAGAGCUUGUGUCUUAUGAUCUCAUCAAAGAAGCCAUUCUGGGACACAAGCUGAUGUCAGAUAACCUGCCGUGUCAUUUUGUCUCUGCGUUCGGCGCCGGGUUCAUCACCACCGUCAUCGCCUCUCCCGUGGACGUGGUGAAGACUCGCUACAUGAACUCUCCUCCUGGUCAAUACAGAAGUGCUGUCAACUGUGCCUGGACCAUGAUGACCAAAGAAGGACCUACAGCCUUCUACAAAGGAUUUGUGCCUUCAUUUCUCAGACUGGGAUCAUGGAACGUUGUCAUGUUUGUGUCGUUUGAGCAGCUGAAGAGAGCCAUGAUGGCCUCUAAAAAGAAGAUGGAAGCCCCCAUGUAGAGAAAGACUCUUGUUCCUAUGUUAAACGCACUGACUUUCUGCCAUUUGUGAUGAAGAAAAACUGGUUGAGGAAAAAUCAGCAAAAGCAAGUGGUUGAAUACUUAAUUUAUAAAUCUGAACCGAAGGAAAACACUUUGCACAGUGUUUUGAGAGAGAGAAAACCAGUUCAUGUUUACCGCAUGAAUAUCACAGUUCUCUCUGAGCCUAGGGUCAGGAUUCAGACUCUCUAACCAUUAGGCCACGACUUCCCCCCAUAUGUGUGUAUAUACUGUAAUGCUUUAUGACGUACAGGUCCAGCGGUUUGGCCGUUGCCAAUAGAUGAUGAAAAGCCACCUUCUGCACUUUUGUCCUUUUCUCACUAAACUACACAAACAUACAAUGUGACUUUAUAAUGUGACAAUGUGACUUUGUUUUUAUAAUUAUUAUUAAUACUAAUGAUUCCUUUGUUUAAAAAAGGACAAUGUGUUUUUAAUUAUAUGCUGAACUGUUUACUGUGUUUACUCACCAUUCAAUUGCUUUAAGCUUGCAAUACAAAUGCACAUAAGCUACGAGGACAUACAAACGGAAAAGUCUUUUCUAAAAUAAAUACAUAUUUAGUUAAAUGCU